UCAACGCCGCACAACCGCAAGGCCUUGGUGCUCUGGAAAAACCGUGGUCGUGAAAUUUCGUGUCCGUCGUGAAAAGUAGAAAUGGAUGCGCAACAGCUCCCUUUCCUGGCCGAAUAUUCCAAAAGCAACCGUGCUUCCUGUCGACUUUGCAAACAGAAAAUCGACAAGGAUGUUCUGCGUCUGGCCGCUAUGGUCCAAUCGCCGGUGCACGACGGAAAGGUGGCGCAGUGGUACCAUGAAGAUUGUUUCUUCAAAAAGCAAAGACCCAGCACCGAGGGCGACGUAGCACACUUCGAGGCUCUGCGGUAUGAGGAUCAAAAGAAGUUACGUGAUAAGAUAGCGACCCUUGCCAGCGUUACCGUCGUACCUACGGCGACGAAGGGAAAAGGCAAGAAACGUUCAGCAGCCGAAGGACAAGCGCUAAAGGAUUAUGGCGUCGAGUAUGCUGCCUCGGGUCGGGCACUUUGCCGGGGGUGCGAGCAGAAAAUCCUGAAAGAUGAGGUACGCAUCAAGAAGGUGGCAUACGAUACUGAGGUUGGCAUGAAGUACGGCGGACAACCGUUAUGGCAUCAUGCGGAAUGCUUCGCCAAACUGCGCGCCGAAUUGGGAUACUUCGACAAGGCCGACUCUCUUCCAGGCUUCCGUUCGAUGAAGAAAGCAGAUCAAAAUCAGCUCAAAGAACUUCUUCCGCCCAUCAAGGUGGAAGAUGUUCCAGCGAAAAAGGUGAAAGAAGAAGUGAAGGAUGAAGUUGAUAAGGCUAUCGACGAUGCAAACGAAAAACAGAUGGCCGAGCAGCAGAAAGCGUUCUAUAAAAUCCGCGAUAAGUUAAAGAGCCUAGGCGUGAAGAAGUCGGAACUAAUCGAAAUUCUAGAGUACAAUAAUCAGGAGGUGCCAGAAGGUAACGAUCCGGUGCUGGACCGAGUAUGUGACAUAAUAACGUUCGGUGCCCUUGAACGAUGCUCUAAAUGCGGAGGCCAGUUUGCUCUUCAAAAGUCGGCAUAUGUUUGUGAGGGAAAUCUUACUGAAUGGACCAAGUGUAUGCAUGCGGAGAAGGUUCCGGCCCGGAAGAAAACCAAAAUACCGUCGGAUAUCAAAUCGGAAUACGCUUUUUUGAAAUCCUAUAAAUCCGUCGUGAGUGAUCGUCUGAUUCGCUAUGUUCCACCAAGCGUCAGCACAGUUACGACCAAGCUGAAAAAAGAAGAAGAUGUGGCAUCCGAAGUAAAGGAACCAAAGGUGAAACGCGAGAAGCCUCCACUCUACAAUAUGGAAUUCGUAAUCCUUGGUAAAACGGCUACUCCAAAGGAUAAGCUUAAACUAAAAAUUCAGAAAAUGGGUGGGAAGGUGGUGACCAAGAUCACUAACCAUACGGCAGCGAUCAUAUCCACGCCAGAAGAAGUGGAUGGAAUGAGCAAGCGCAUGGAGGAAGCCAAAGAAUUUCAGAUUCAGGUGGUGCCGGAAGAGUUUUUGGAGGAUGCAAAGACGGGCAACGCUUUAUCCUUCAUCACUAGCCGAGCCCUUUGCGAUUGGGGUUCGGACCCUCAUACACGUAUACCUGCAGAGGAGGAAAGCAAAUCGCGCUCGAAGAAAAGCAUUUAUGAAAAAUCGGUACCCACCAAGGUCAAGCUACAGCUUAAGAGCGGAUUGGUCGUUGAUCCCGACUCUGGUUUGGCAGACAAAGCGCACGUGUUCCGGAAGGGAGACACAAUCUUUAAUUGCGUGCUAAACAAGGUUGACAUCCAGCAAGACAAGAACUCCUUCUACAAACUGCAGAUACUUGAAGCUGAUAAUCGUAACAAGUUCUGGUUGUUCAGGUCUUGGGGUCGUAUCGGAACGACGAUCGGUGGCACUAAGGUGCAGGACUAUGGCAACGCGAUGGAUGCUAUUAUAGCUUUCACUGAAUUGUUCUAUGAGAAAACAGGGAACGAAUGGCGAAAGCAUAACACCGAAUAUAGCAAGAUGCCGGGCAUGUUCUACCCAGUCGAGAUCGAUUAUGGCGAAAUGAAAAUGAAACGAUUGACGGAGGAUAACACAGUUCCCGCUAAAAUUCCCUCCCAGGUGCAGGAUUUGAUCCGAAUGUUAUUCGACGUAGAAGCCAUGAAUCGGGUCUUGCUCGAGUUCGAGCUAGAUAUGGAAAAAAUGCCGUUAGGAAAGCUAUCGCAGAGGCAACUUCAAUCCGCCAUGAAAAUACUCUCGGAGCUAUCCGACCUGAUCACUGGCAGUGGAUCAAAUGCCCAGUUCAUCGAUGCUUCGAACCGGUUCUAUUCGUUCAUUCCGCAUAACUUUGGAGUUUCCGCGCCGAAGGUGCUGGAUACGCUUGAGCAAGUGAAAUCCAAGCAAGACAUGCUGGAAAGUUUGAUCGAGAUCGAGGUCGCCUACUCGUUGCUGAGCAAGGGCGAAUCAAACAACGAGAAGAAUCCACUGGACGUGCACUACGAACAGUUAAAGACGGAGAUCGAGCCGAUGAAGCGCGAUACGGAAGAGUUCAAGAUACUUCAAGAGUAUGUGCGCAAUACGCACGCCACUACACAUAAGGAUUACGAGUUGGAAAUUCAGGAAAUUUUCCGCAUCAAACGCAAGGGAGAGGAUCGUCGGUACAAACCAUUCAGUAAUCUGCACAAUCGCAAGCUCUUAUGGCACGGUUCGCGAUUGACCAACUUUGUGGGUAUUUUGACGCACGGCUUAAAGAUCGCACCUCCGGAGGCACCGGUUACCGGGUACAUGUUCGGCAAGGGCAUCUACUUUGCGGACAUGGUAUCUAAAUCGGCAAAUUACUGUUGCACAAAUCCAAAGGAUUCAACUGGAUUGAUGUUGCUGUGCGAGGUAGCGCUGGGCGAUAUGCAAGAGUACACGAACGCUCACUACGUGAACAAGCUGCCGGCAAAUAAGCACAGCGUAAAGGGUAUCGGUCGCACACAACCGGAUCCGAAAGCGGCGCACGUGCGCCCGGACGGUGUAGAGAUUCCGCUCGGAAAAGGUGUGACCGAUGGAAAAUUGAGCAGUUCAUUGUUGUACAACGAGUAUAUUGUUUACGACGUUUCGCAGGUCAAUUGCAAGUACUUGUUCAAGAUGAAUUUCAAGUAUAAGUACUAAUUAUCCUUCUAAAACUGCGUUGAUCGCGACUGCGUUACCAGUUAAAAUUUUCUUUUCUCCUCUGUCUUUUUACCAUACAAUCAUUAUUCGUUGAAAUGCAUAGAAAAGCGAAUAAAAUAUAAUGUAA